AUGGGAGAAGCGAUAGAGCAAGAACUGAACCAAGUAUCUCUACCAGAUAAAGUCGAGGGCGAAUCAAUGACGGAGGACACGGGGGAUGACUAUGGAAGCUUAACGGAUAUCGGAGAAAACGAGGUAAAAGAUGAGCUCCCAGAUUCUGUUCUUUCAUGUUUGCAGUUUCUCAAACAAAGAAAUGAAAAAGCGGAAAAAAUCAUUCUGCAAGAUUUGGAAUAUGAUUCUUCUAAAAGUGAGGACAUAACAGGCCAGUUUUCUAAGCCUUUAAAAGACUUUGAUUCAGAUUUUUUGGACGAGCUGGCUUCUGAAUAUAAUGAGGAACCUGAAGCACUUAUAAAACGGGUAUUAGCUGACAUAGAAGAAGACGACAAACUUGCUCCAUCCAGCUCGGACAUUGCAGAAAACACCAGUGGUCUUGCGUUAACAGAAGAAACUGUGAAUUCAGGAGAUGGAAGCCUUGAGUCUAUAAGCUUUUGUUAUAUCAAAGUGGAAGAAAGCUGUAGACAAAAACUGCAGCAGUGGGAAAAAGAGCAAGAGAAACAUAAUGAAAUGAAAAGAGCUGCACUCAUUGCUCAGAAGGCGGUCUUAGAAAACGAAAUCCAAGAACAAGAUGAAAAGAGAGAAAAUUGGAAGAUGGAAUUUGCGAAAGAGCUUUUGAGGCUGAAUGCCCUUCAAAAAGAGCAACAGGAGAAACUGGAUGCAGAUUUAAAAAUAAAGAAUGAUACAGUGGCAGGAGAUCUAAGAAACCACCAGAACCUUAUUAAGGAAAUGGAAGCAGAGUUGGUAAAAGAGCAAAACAUAUUUAAGGAACAGAAAGCCAGAGCAAGAAAAUAUCUGGAGGAACUGCACAAUAAAUCAGCUGUUAAAAUCCAGACAGCCUUUAGAGCACAUCGAAUCUAUAAAAUGUAUGCACCUGUUCUAAGGCAGAAAAAGGAGGAGUUGAAAAGAAAAAAAGAAAUGCAGGAGAAAAUGGAUCAGGAAAGGAAAGAGUUUGAAGAAAAAGUAAAGCUGAAACUUGAGGAAAAGAAACGGAGAGAUGAAGAGAAAAGACUCAAUGAGGAGAUUGCGAAAAAGAAACUGGAAGAAGCCAAGAGACUGGAACAUUUGGAACAGGAGAGGAGGCAGCAGACAUAUGAGAAAAAGAAAGAAGAAGAAAAACAGAGACUGGAAAAAGCAAAGAUCCUAAAACUGGAGGCAAAAAAGAAAUCGGAAACUAUAGUUAGCACAGAUACUUUCAACAAUGAACAUCUCGGAAAAAUAAAGAAUAAACAUAGCAAUCCUUGUCUGCAAGUAAUUGAGAAAACAGUGGAAGAUUCUUGUAAGGAUGGAACGAAACAAGCAAAACACAGUGAAAUGGUUAAAAAGCCCAUGGAAGAGAUUUAUGAAGAAAAAACAUUAGCAAAGCAAUGUAAGGUGCAGCAACAAGUAAAUAUUGAUGGAUGUGCAAUAAAUAUAGAAACACUGACUGAUUUGGAACCAGAAAAAGAGCCCAAAGAAAUUAGUAAUAAUUACUUAAUUAGCACUGAAAACAGUUCUUUAGCACCUAACAGAGAGUCCAAAGAGAAACAGGACAAAGGAGCAUGUGACAUGCCUUCUCUUACACCCAAGACACAAACACCUUUACUAAAGGAGACUGUUGAUGUCGCAUGCAGUGAAACAGCACAUGGUAGUCAAGAUAGAGAAAAGAACACAGGCAGUGACCUUCAAAACAAGUCCCCAGCUUUACCUAUGAAUUCAAGAUCUCUUGUCCUACCAGAUCAUAUUGAAGAGAGGCGGUUAACAUGGAUGAAAUCUUGUAAGCCAUGGUCCACAGUUUUAAGAGAAAAUCGACUUAAUAGUGUCGUUAGAAAGACAAGGCAAAGGAAAAGGUCGGCAGCAAAAACAUUUCCUCCCAUAAAUACAGCUCUUAUCCUGAAAAAUGGUCCAUGGAACAACCUGCAACAGGUUACAACAGUGACUCUACAUGACUUACCUGGAUGUAGCCUUUCUACAUUAUCAAACUGUGAUAAGCUCAAAUAUCUGUCCCUGAGGCACUGCAUGUUAACUGCACUUGAUGGUAUAAGUAACUGCAAGCAACUACAAUAUAUUGAUGUACAGGAAAACUGCAUCAAUGUUAUUAAUUGUGAAGAUCUGGAAAAUCUAACUGCACUCUUGUUGAACAAGAAUCAAAUUACAUCAAUACAUGGACUGGACAACUGUACAAACCUAAGAAAUUUGGAGUUAUCGUUCAAUUCAAUAACUAGAAUUAGUGGGCUUAAUUCUCUGAGAAAUCUUCAGAGGUUAGUUUUGGAUCACAAUCGUCUAAUCUCCACUAGAGGUCUGGAGGCAACACCUCUGCUCACAUACUUGGACUGCUCCUAUAACUAUCUUACUGAACUUGAAGGAAUUCAGAAUUGUGGCUUGCUGCAGAUUCUAAAGUUACUAGGGAACAACUUGACUGAGAUUCCUAAAUUCAAUAAUCAUGUGCUCCUGAGAGAACUGUACUUGGAUGAUAACAACAUAACAACACUGAGAGAUAUGCCCUCAUAUUGGCUACCUUUGAUGCAAAUGUUUUCAAUUUCAAAGAACAGCUUGACACAUCUUGCACCAUUUAAUUCCUUUAUCUCCUUGGAACACAUGGACCUCAGUAACAACUGCUUAUCAGAGCUAGGGGCAGUAUCCCUCUCGCUGGAUGGCUGUGUGAGUUUAAGCAGACUGGGAGUGAGCAAGAAUCCAUUCCUGCAAGAAGCCAACUGGAGAGGCUCUUUAUUAAAAGUGUUGCCUAAAUUAAGAUUUCUUGAUGAUGAAGAAAUACACCUUGAGGAUUUCACCCCUCACAGCCCUUGUUUGGGAAGUUUCUUGGCUCUCUGUCAAACUCAGAUAUUCAAUAUAUGUAAAUUAUGGAAAAAACUAAAUAUUGAAGAGGGAACAUGCUCUUCUCCGGAAAGGCUAGACCUUUACUGUGACACUUUAAAGGAGCUGCUUAAACUGAGCAGUAACCACAGAUAUGCACAUGAGUAUGGUGACACAGAAAGUUCUGAGAGAGCUGAUCCAGUCUUUGCAAGCAGACAGCAUAAUAAUCCUGUUAUCAGUAAUUCAAAUGAAGAUAAACAUGAUCACACAUGGCAGAACAAAGACUGUGAAAAUGCUGAGAAAAAGGAUUUAGUUGAGAACUCAAGAACAGCAGUUCAGUCUCUGCCAUUGGUGAAUUCCAUCAAUGUCUCAGAGAAUGCAACACAUUCUGAUGACUUGAGGAAAACCUUAAAAACACAUCGCCCUGGAGAAAUCAGAGAAAUCCAAGCAGCCAUUCUCAUUCAAUCCUUAUGGAGAGGAUAUGUGGUAAGAAGAGAUAUUCAUCACUUUACAAAGCUUCAUGAGGCUGCCUCCAUAAUACAGUCAGCAUGGAGCCUGUACUGCGGGAGAACAAAAACCUGCAAAAAGAAGCACUGUGCAAAGAUGAAGGUAUCCGAUAUCAAACAUCAGGCUGCAACUAUUAUACAGGCAGCUUGGAGAGGAUUCUUCCUUAGAAAAAAAUUGGCUGCUGCUCUUGCUGCUAUUGAAAGAGAUGAGCUAGAUGAUUUCUAUGAAGAAGUGAAUUUGAAUCAUUUCAUGUUCGAUGAAAAUGUCAUGGAAAACGACUGGUCAUUAGAUUCCACUGCCUCUCAUCAUGAAACUAUACAUCUCUCCAGUAAAGCAGAACAAGCAAAGAAAAGUGGCAUUCCAGAAAACAGGGCUCAUCCAUUGCCAUGGAUCCCACAAGAAGCCUGGGCAGUUUCUGAAGCAUCAUCAUUGCACAGCCAAGUAAGGGAAAACCGUAAUAGCAGGUUGGAGAAACAAAAUUUGUCACAUGUGUCUAGCAUGAAGUCCAAUAUUGACAUUUCCUUCAAGUCGGAGAAAGAGGAAAAAAUUUCCCAGGAAUGGGGAUUUAAAGAUGCAGCUACAGUGCAACUGAUGUUGAAAAGAGCCCAGAAGAUGAAGUCAAAGCAAGCAAAACACAAACGAAUGUUGGACCCAGCUGUGCGCCUGGCGUUGUUCAAAAAUAAUGAAAAUAAACGUCCUCCUGUAAAGCCACCAAAGACGACACAAAUAACAAAGACCGAAUAUUUUAGGGGUUUAGAAUCAUGGAGUCAGAAUGAAUUAUCCUUGGAGACAUUAGCAAGAAGCAAGGAGCUUACAUAUGAGUGGCUCCAUACACAGUGUGUAGAUGUAGAAUCAACCCAUUCUACAACACCUAAAUGUAAGCGUUUCUUGCCCGAAUUGAAUCAUGACGUCUUAAAUGGUGGAAGAGUUCAGCUCGUGGCUAACACGUUGAGUAGGGAAGCUGAUGAUUUAGACCUGGUUUCUGUAAAGUCUGGAAGUACCUUAUCUCAGUACAGAGGAAGGAAUUUGGAAAUUCAGAGAAACACAUCACCCCCCCCCUCAUCAGCAUCAAACCGAAAUGCAUUUACUCCAGUGAAAACUAAUUCAGGACCCCAACGAAAGGAACGCAUCUCAUUUCGAGAUAAUCCAGUUCUACUCAGUGGAGGAUGGGGUGGAGGAAAAAAGAAGGGAAAAUCAUUUAAAUGA